CAACUUCUAACAUUUCAGUGGUUUGGGGACCUUGUGACAAUGAAAUGGUGGGAAGAUUUGUGGCUUAACGAAGGUUUUGCGUCUUAUGUUGAGUUUCUAGGAGCAGAUGUUAUCAGCGACAAUCAUAUGAGGAUGAAAGAAUACUUUAUUCUCGAUGCACUUACAAAAGGAUUGAUGCGGGAUUCUGUCUCAAGUCAUCCGCUUUCAUUCAAAAUCGACAAGGCCAGUGAGGUUGAGGAAGCAUUCGAUCCCAUCUCUUACGAUAAGGGAGGAUCUGUACUCAGAAUGAUAGCAGCAAUAAUCGGUGAAGAGAACUUCAACAAAGGAGUUGCUGUAAGUUGA